ACACAACUUAUUUCUGAUAAAAACACGUUUUCGUGUAAUUAUGAUUACAGUUUAUCCAAAUAUUAUUCACAUUUGGAUGAUUUUGUCCACAUUUGGAGAACAAGAUUAUAAAACAUAGUUCUCUCGCGCAGUGAUAUUUGUAAACUAUUAGGCGUGCAACGGUGCAAGACAAUGUUUACAGAAUUGUUGGGGGAACGUGCUCAAAAAUUUUAAAAUUUCCUUGUAAAUUAUCUUUUAUGCCGAAAUAAAAUGGCAGAUAGUGUGCAGACAUUAGAACCUGGCUACAGGAGGUCUGUGGGUGGGGAAAGAUCCGGUAGACUUCAUAAAGGCCCUGGUGUUGUUGCUGCUACGUCGUCAAUACCAACCAAAUAUCAAACCAUCGUCACACCGAAUACAGAUAAAAGAGGAUUUGGUGGGACAACAAAAAGAUUCAACCAUGAUGUCAAUGUUAAUGAGAACCCUGGUCCAGGAACGUAUGGCAACCUCCGAGUGGCAGCUGUCAGGGAUAGUUCAUCAUUCUCCAAGAAAGGGGUGGGCGUUGGCUUUGUAUCCAAGACCCGCAGAAUGCCAAGGCAGAAAGGUACGCCAGGCCCCGGCUCAGCUGCCUACAAUCUCCCCAGUCUACUCAGGACCCAGACUGACUGCAACCAGGCACCUGCCUCCAGUUCAUUCCACAAGCCCAUUGCGGUUGCACAGGACAAGCGCGGGGACCAACCAGCUCCAAAUCAGUACAAUAUAUCAGACAGCGGAUUACACAAGCACCAUGGCAGUCAGUUCCAAGCAUCAUUCAAGUCGACAUCUAAGAGAAUAGAUUUCCAGGGGCCCAAGACGUUAGCGCCUGCUCCUUGCCAGUACAAUAUCAGCGACAGUCUCACCAAACCGUCCGCAAAUGCACCCACCAGUAGCUUCAAAUCAACAACCAAACGACAAAUGGCCGUCACGCCCGCCGACAAUCCUGGUCCGGGCCAGUACAGGCCUCAUGAGCCCGUUGAAGAACCAGCUAACAGGCUACUCAUGCCGAGAAAGCACUAUCUAUGCAUAUCCGCCCCUGCGAUGCCCCUCCCCCCUCCCUUACCGGAGCCCGGCCCAGGCAGCUAUGAGCUAGUCAACUACAAGGGCGCCCCCAAGCAUUACAUGUCCGGUGCAGUGUUUGUAUCGACGACAAGCCGAUGGACGGGAAACCUCCAUAGGACAUCCGAUAACCCAGGACCAGCAACUUACCGACCAGAGCCCACCAACAAGGGCCAGUCCUUCCUGUACAACGCCCAAAAGAAAUGGGUCUGUCCGUGAUCAACAGAAACUUCCAUGUAUUCGGUUUAUAUGUUCAGAGUCCUUUAUCGUAGUGUCAAAGACAACAGGCCAGGGGAUGGCCAGGUUUUAUUCAAAUUUUAACCCCAGACAUUUUCUAACGACAUGUACACAUAUAGCUUCAAUCAUUGAAGCUGUUAACAUACCUCCCUUCAGCAUGAGUUUCUUUUCCGAUAGAAACCAUUUCUAUCAGAUCCAUCCAAUCAAAAUGGUCAUGUUUAUUGUCACUGGUAAAAUGUGAUUUCUUUGAGGGUUCUAUGAUGAAACAGAGUACGAAGAUAUGUUAGAAACAAUGAAUUGGCAUCUCCCACUUGGUUUCAGCACCAAGUUAAUAUAUGUAAUUUUUCUUGUGUUUUUAAAAUUUCUGUGUGGCGGCCGUUAAUGUACUUCAUGUGCUCUUACGAAAAUGGGAAGGAUUUUUGUUUACUAACUUGUGCAAAAUUGAGUUUGAAAGUACAUGUGUCCACAUUCACACCCCAUUUAUAGCUACU